AGCAAGAUGACAAAAGGAACGUCAUCCUUUGGAAAGCGUCACAACAAGACGCCCACACUUUGCUGCCUCUGCAGCUCUAAGGCCUACCACCUUCAGAAGUCGACCUGUGGCAAGUGUGGCUACCCAGCCAAGCGCAAGAGAAAGUGUAACUGGAGUGCCAAGGCUAAGAGACGAAACACCACUGGGACUGGGCGGAUGAGGCACCUGAAAAUUGCCUAUCGAAGAUUCAGACAUGGAUUCCGUGAAGGAACAACACCUAAACCCAAAAGGGCAGCUGUUGCAGCAUCCAGUUCAUCUUGAGGAAUUUCAGUCAGUCAUAAAAUAAAUGUUCUGGUUUCAAAAAAAAAAAAAAAA